GGUCCGAAUGUUCAACAACAUAACUUUUAUUAAAGAAAAAGUGUCAUUAUAAGCGGAAUAGGACUUUCCAACAUAACCCAAUAAAUAACGUUUCCUACAAGAAGAAGAAACCCUCUUCUCACUUCCCCCAACAAAAAAACAGGAAGAUCCAGUGGCUGGUACUUACUGUACAUGACAUCAAAAUUGUGUACACAUCACUUUCCACAGCUGUCAUUGUCGGACGCUUGUCGCAGAAUUGUGAACAGCUGAAAACUUCAUUCGGGAUGGAGAACACUUCUACAAAUUACACCGGGUGUCAGCCGCAAACAAUUAAUCCUUUCAUCCCGAUCUUCCUGAGCUUCAUCUUCUUCAUUGGGUUUGUGAUGAACUGUAUCAGUUUGUGGAUAUUCUGGUUUCGAGUAAAACAAUGGAACUCCACAGUGAUUCUCCAGUUCAACUUGGCCAUCUCCGAUGCCAUCAUCACCCCGGCUGCUCCUCUGAUCAUCAUCUACUCUUUGACCGACGACUGGACCUUCGGAACCUUCUUCUGCCAGUUUAAGGUCUUCCUCCUCAGCACCCACAUGUAUGGAAGUAUAUAUUUUCUUACGCUGAUCAGUGUUCACAGAUACUUUUCAGUUGCCCAAAAUGUUAAAAGGAAGGCCUUGACCACAAAGCCAUUUAUCACAAAACUUUCCAUCGUUGUCUGGGGUUGUCUCCUUGCACAAGGAAUUCCAUUUUUCUUUGUCCUAAAAACUUCUGAAGUUCACGGAGUCACGAAAUGUCUCAGUUUCCAUCAAACAGAUCAAGCGGUUUUAUUUUUUGUUUGGAACUGGAUCAUCCUCUUCUCAGGUCUCCUAAUUCCUUUCACCAUAACCUUGGUCUGCUACAGUCUCCUGAGUCGAUUCAUACUCAACGUGAAUCCAGUGAACACUCUCACGAAUGUCAUGGUCUCCAAAUCCGUGCAGAUGAUAUUUGUCUCCCUUAUCAUCUUUAUAAUCUGUUAUAUUCCAGUCCAUAUCACCAGAACCACGGGGGUUACCAUCACCUUGUUCUUCCCAUCUCUGUGUUCUUUACUAGAAAAUGUUGAAGUAGCCUAUUACAUCACCUGGAUGCUAUCGGGUACCAAUUGCUGUUUGGAUCCCAUCCUGUACUGUUUUGCCUCAGAAAGGUUUAAGCACACGUUCACGAGCUGGUGUAGUUGUCUUAAACGUGGAAAAGGUGAACAAAUCACGUUGAUCGAUACCACAAGUACCCAAGUAGAGUCGGCUUCAGAACAACCUCGUCCUCUCCCAACUGGGAGCACUACCGUUUCUCAUUUGCCAGCGGAGGGUGAAAAAUGACUGUAGCUACCAGGACAUGCUGAGAGUUGUACCACAAUCCACCUCCAAAAAUGGAACUUCAGGCGCUGAGGGACCAGAUAGUAGUAUAGGCAAAUAGCUUUAUUCCCCGCAUGCCGAGAGUUGUAGUUUUGCAAUAGCUGGACCUCUCCUGACUUAAGACCACUCAAGAAUAUUAUAGCUAAUAAUAGUCCAGGCCUAAAAAGUCUGAGGAAUUUAUGUGUAAAUAAAUUCUUAGAAUGACUGAAAUGACUGUUAAAGGGGUACUCCGGCCCUGAGACAUC